CAAAUUCCUCAUCGUUCUUUAAAAAUUGGGCCGGAUGAAUUAGUAAAUUUCCAAAGAUAAAUACCUAGUGUCUCUAGGGUUCUGCGCUAGGCAGCUUAUCGAAGGCAGCAGCGAGGUUGCAACACCCCGCCCGGCUUCUACCGUACUUCGUACCAUCGCCGACUUCAAGAGCAAUCAUCUUCGACGACAACCUUCGGACAUCUUCGCCUUGCACCUGCCCCGCCGAGAGGAUAUUGCUCGAGACUCUUCCUCGUCCACAUCCUCGAGGCCGAGUUUCCCCCCGUUGCCAAACAUUGCCAGGCCGUGUUUCACGUCUAAUCCCGAUUGCAUUCACCUUCACCAGAUUGCAUCGACCCCACCACGUCGACCACCUUUCUCAUCGACCAAGCCCGUCCCAACACCCGAAACCUCUCAACUUCUACACUGGGUUCUCUGCGGAUAGCUAACCAUCAAGAUGAACAACGAAGUCAGAAUCACACUGAAAGCCGUGACGAGCAAUGUCUCCCCCGCGGAGCGAAUUAUCACCCUCAAUCCCGACCGACCCACCAUACCCGUCGGCCGAGCCUCGAAAAGCAUUAGCAAAGGACUUCUGGGUGCGGUGGACAAUGCGUGGUUUGACAGCCCGGUCAUGUCUCGCGAUCACGCCGAGAUUACCAUUGAUGCGGAGGAAAAGAAUAUCACAAUCCAGGAUAUCGGAUCGAUGCAUGGGACGUAUCUCAACGGUGUCGAGUUGCCACGCAAGGCUCCCAUGGCCAUCGAUGACGGUGACGUCCUCGUAUUUGGUGCUGAAGUCCGCCGUGGACCCGAGAUAUUCCCGGCUUGUAAAUUUCAAGUCAACUAUCAGUUUGUUCCUUACAAAUCUAGAAAUACGUUCACCUUCCCGGAUUCAUCCGAUGUCGAAGACGAAGAAGAAGUUUAUGAUGAGUUCAGCGAGGGCGACAUGGGAGAACGUGAGCAGACUUCCAGCGAGGACGAUGCGUCGAUCGAGUCACCGCUUGCGAAGGUAUCGGCGGCCAUUGAUCCCAUCGAUCUCACCGGAGAUGAAUCGCCCCGUGUUUUCCCUUCCAACAGAAUAGACCUCACUGGUGAGAGUGCCUUUGAGCAGGGCUUGAUGGACAUGAUGGACGGCCGUCCGGCUGACAUCCCCCAAGAUGCGGGUCCAGUUAGCAUUGGAGUGUAUGCUGGAAAUACUCCUAUUUUGGUGGACAGUGAGGAUGAAGAUGCACACUUCUCGAUGGAUUCCGAUGAUCAGUCUGAAAUGGUCGGGGAUGAAAUAUAUUCGGAGGAUGACAGUCAAGAUGGAGCUGAAGGUUCAGAGCCGUCUGACGAAGAAGAAACAGAUGACGCUGAGGACUCCGACAUGGAAGAUAUUCCGGAGUCAUCUGCUAUGGAACCAAUGGAGCCGUCGCCAAUCAACAACAAUAUUCGCUUUGCUCUUGCUACGCAUGACAAUUCGACAGUCCGUCUUUCAGACAUUCGAACUCGAAUGGAGGAACCCGAGGAUCUCGCAGACAACGACGAGGAGAGCGACCUGGGUCUCGAGGAGGCUGGAAAGGCUGGCCUCAGAGCGCUAUUCGAAGACGGCCUUCUCCGCCAUAACUAUGAUGACCCAUACCCUAUUCUUCCUGGCGAGGCCAUGAGUGAGCUUGGAACAGGCGGCGCUUUCCCUGCUGAGAUCCCGAACCAUAUUUCAUUUGCAUCCACUACCUCUAAGCAAACUUCCCAAGAUAAUACUUCGGGCCUGGGUCAGAAUACAAGCGAGUAUAUGAGAUUUGAAGCUGCACAGAGCACCCUCCAACACGAACUUAAGUUAUCAAACCCGUUUACCCGGCAGCCAAGUCCAUCAGAUGCAGCUAUGGUGAAAGGCCGUAAGCCAGCUCCAGAGUCCACUCACAUCAGGGUCUGCGACCUAGGAGAGUUCGGCAGAUCUGCAGCACAAACAUUAGGCGAAAAGACUGGCAAAGGUGAUUUCUUCGAGGCGAGAGAGGUCAACAAAGCGAAGUUUAGCGCCAGCAACAAAUCUGGACAAGCCUCUGGCUUGACUGGAAUGACCGCCCCUAUCUUUGCAGGAAAUUGUGAAGGAAAUCGAUUACCGCUGACUACAGCGGCUCCGAAUCCUUUCGAACGAAGAGUAUUUGGAGCUUCACAGUCAUCGAAACCAUCUUCCGGUUCGCCCUUUGGCUUUGGUGAAUCAUACUAUCCCGUCACUUCCCACGAGGCCAGCUCGGCAGUAAAUAAGCUUUCCCCAGCGGACAUGCCUUAUUUCCCGACCCGUGAACAGUGCUCCUUCCUCGAUAACCCUGCUCAUGGUCCAGUUAUGGACAGGGCUCCCAGCCCAGAGCCUUACAUGACCAGUGCGGUAAAUUUCAAUGCUGCAACACACAAACCCCGCUCUGGACUUGGUAUUAAUGAUAUCAUCAACAAUGCGUCAACGACGACACAGAGUCUCAAGCGCAAAUCUGAUGAGAUUUCCGAUGCUACCGACGCCGAGCUUAGAAUGUGGGCACAGUCCUCGACAGCCUCGAAUGAUGACGUGAAGGGCUCUGCAAACGUCGCCGAAUCGGAAGAACAAACUGCGCUUUCCAGUCCGAUGGCAGGGGUCGUACCUACUGUGUCUAAUGCUCCUGCUCCUCGACCAACGAAGAAAUUCAAGAAGCUUUUGGAGAAUGUUGGUUACGCAGCCCUCGGAGGUGUUGCUGUUGGUGCCAGUCUGUUCUCGGUCUUGGUUGCUACAGCUCCAGACUUUUUGUGAGAGUAGACAAGGGCGCGUCAGGUGUUUACAUGCCGGAAUUUCUUAUCAAUGCCUCUUCGGAGUGUUUCUCAUGGUUAGGGGGAUGGAUCUAGGGAUCGGGAGUACUCAUUGGCAAAUGGUAUUAGGUCAGUUUGGUCAACAUGUUUCCUUCUUGCAUUCCGGCGCUAUCAAGGACGGCGUUGAAGGCUUUGUGGAACGGCGGCGUAUGUUCUCGUUUCGCUGUCUCUCUUAGGCUUUAGUUACAGGAAUUGAACAUUUUCAUAAAUUGUUUCGCUGCCUUUUGUCAGAAAAUCAAGCCACCCUUACCAUAGGAGCAAAGCCCACAAGCCAAACGCAUAAUGCAUCUCUUCCUUCAAGGCAAAAUCCAAUUGCGUGCUCUUGAAGAUAGUGUGGUCCUGUGGAUUGCUUAGGCAACGCUCUAAAUAUAAUCAAGUCCAAGUAGG